CCUAUCAGACGCCGAUCAACGUUUGGACACCAUUCAUCUCUGAGUUAGCCCAAUACGCCCUACAAUAUGAGCCUGAGACUGUGCCUGCUGGCAUGCCUGGUUGCGGCCGCUUGUGCCUCCAAGAGCGAGCUGAAGCCCACCAACUGGCUGAGCGCCAAUGAGCUGGAAACUACGCCAUCCUUGAACGAUGUCUCCUUCCAGCGGCUGGAGAGUAUGCCCCUGCAAAAGGGAGCUCAGCUGGUGGAGAAGAUGUAUCACAUCGCCCAAAUCAACAACGAGCUGACGCCCAGCUUUGUGCCCAGCGCCAGCAACAUUCCAGUGAGGAUCAUCAAGUCCAAUGGCGAUCGUGUGGAUGCCAAACUGAGCAACUAUGUGGAGAAGGCUUUUGCCCAGUCCGGCUUCGGCCAGGAUGAGGUCACCAUUGUGCUGACUGGCCUGCCCCAGACCACGCCCACCAUCAAGAAAGCCAUGCAGAAGCUGGAGCAAGCCUACCUGCAGCGUUACAAUCUGCAGGAGCAGCAGAAGCACGCUCUCCGCCAGCAGCAGAAGAGCACUGAGUACGAGUCGACCUCCAGUGAGGAAACUGCCGAUGAGUGGAAGAAUGCCCAAACCAUUUCCGGCGACUUGAUCAUCAUCGACUUGGGCAACACUUUGACCACCUUCCAGCGUUACGCCCUGCUCGAUGUGCCCGCCACCGGUGCCAUGGUUGGCCACACCCUGAUCGAACUGACCAACAAGGGAGUGCCCCAGGAGAUUAUCCAUUUGAUCGGGCAGGGCAUUAGCGCUCAUGUUGCUGGAGCUGCCGGACAGGAGUACACCGGCCACACCGGCCACAAGCUGCGUCGCAUCACUGGUCUGGAUCCCUCCAAGAUGCUGGCCAAGCGUCGUGACUACCUCGUCGGUCUUUCCCGUGGCGAUGCCGAUUUCGUCGACGUCAUCCACACCUCCAGCCUGGGCAUGGGCACGUCCGUGCGUUGCGGCGAUGUUGACUUCUAUCCCAAUGGACCCAGCCAGGGUACACCUGGCUCCGAGAACGUCAUCGAGGCUGUCGUGCGCGCCACCCGCUACUUUGCCGAGUCGGUGCGUCCUGGCUGCGAGCGCAACUUCCCCGCCGUCGCCGCCAAAUCCCUGAAGCAGUACAAGCAGAACGACGGCUUCGGCAAGCGCGCCUACAUGGGCAUCGAUGUCGACUACGACCUGCAGGGCGAUUACAUGUUGGAGGUCAACGCGAAGAGCCCCUUCGGCAAGCGCGCCCCCGCCCAGAAACAGAUCUCAUACCACGGCCAGCGUCAUGAGAUCUAAGUCAUUGAAGAAGGGCAUUCGACCAAAAACUUCGCAAAUGGAAAACAACAAACUAAUUUUACAUUUAAGCAUCAAUCAAUAAACGAGCAUAUUUUCUAAACUAGAA